UGUCGAUGCAGUACCAAGUACAACUGGUGAACGGACUGAACAGAUGUGAGGGUAGAGUGGAGGUAUUCUAUAACAACUCAUGGGGCACAGUGUGUGACGAUGAAUGGGACAUGGUGGAUGCCAACGUGGUGUGUCGGCAGCUAAACUGUGGAGUGGCUGUGGCGGUGGGCAGCAGCUCUAAGUUUGGACAAGGCACAGGGCCCAUCCUGCUCGAUAAUGUAGAUUGCAGAGGAAAUGAAAGAAGCCUCAGCGAGUGCCCCGCUCCGGCCUGGGGCGUCCACAACUGUUACCACUAUGAAGACGUGGGUGUUACCUGCAGAGAACCGUCAGUGGUGGCGGCAAAGGGUUUUCGCACAACACCGCCCCGGGAGAACCACGGUUUACGUGAUGGCACCAUCCGUCUGUUGGAUGGAUACAACUCCUGCCAGGGCCGGGUGGAGGUUUUCUACCAGGGAGACUGGGGGACAGUGUGUGAUGACGAAUGGAGCUUAGAGAAUGCCGUGGUGGUGUGCCACCAGUUAGGCUGUGGCAAUGCCGUCCACUCACACACUAACUCUUACUUUGGCUACGGAACGGGUCGGAUUCUCCUGGACAACGUCAACUGCUACGGCUCUGAACCGGACCUGACUAGAUGCAAAAGCCUGCCCUGGGGCAAACACAACUGCGGUCAUCAUGAGGACGCUGGAGUCACCUGCACUGGUACCAGCACUGUACCUCCUUUGGUAACAGAAAACCAGAGAGGGCUCUGGGUAACAUACACCAGUGAAGCAACAGAAAGCAUUCCAGUCACCAACGCUCCAACUACAAAAACUGUCACCACAACUGCCCUGACAAAAGGCAAACCAACCAUUCGUCUGGUCAAUGGUAACCAUAGCUGUGAGGGUCGUGUAGAGGUUCAAUACAAAAAUAUUUGGGGGACGGUGUGUGAUGAUGACUGGGACAUGUUCAACGCUAACGUGGCGUGCAGGCAGGUAGGCUGUGGCCCAGCUAUGGGGGCCAUGACACAGUCUCACUUUGGCUUCGGUUCUGGUCUCAUCCUGCUGGACAAUGUGGAAUGUAGUGGCUCGGAACGGGAGCUGUCCCAGUGCUUCCACCUGGGCUGGGGUCAGCAUAACUGUCGCCAUCAUGAGGAUGCUGGAGUUAUCUGUGCACCUUCUGAUUUUUACUUUGGAAAUGGACGUGACUUUAGAGCAACAGAGAAGAUACCUGCCACCACAUCAGAACCAUCUGAAGGAAUGCUGAGACUGGUGGGAGGCCAGCACCGGUGUGAGGGUCGCGUAGAGAUUUACUCAAACUCUGAAUGGGGUACAGUGUGCGAUGAUGCUUGGGACAUCCCUGACGCUCAGGUUGUAUGUCGCCAUGUGGGCUGUGGGGAGGCCACAGCUGCUCGGGGAGAAGCUUUCUUCGGGCCCGGCACAGGAAAAAUUCUGCUGGACAAUCUCAAGUGCAGCGGUGAGGAGGAAACCCUGCAGGAGUGCUCCCAUAUAUCCUGGAACGUGCACAACUGUGACCACUCCGAAGAUGCUGGCGUCACCUGCUCACUGUCGUGAUUUGAGCAGAACCACACUUCCAUCUCCACCAUGGGUAGGAAGUGGGCGUACUGAACCUGGGACUUGUAUACAUUAUGUAAAUAACAGCUUUCACAAUGCUGAAGGAGUACUCCACCACCAACCACAUACAAAAAAACUAAUAUGACAAUAUAUGAUGACAUGCUAUAAACUAUAUAUGCCUAUUAAGCACUUUAUAAAUAAAUAUAUGAUAUAAAAAACAAUGUACACAGUUUUUUUU